AUGCCGCAGAAUCGACCGUUUCAACAAAGAUACGACCGUCAUGGGAGACCAUUCGGUGAGAGAAUCUCAGCAGCUGCACCUAGCCCAACGGGACCGAGGAAUAAGUUAGCCCCCCCAGCUAAACCUGCUAUUCAGACUGCAGCAAAUGAGAUCUCUGCGCCCCCAAAUGAGCAGAGAGAACAUGCUUACUACUCCCCACCAUACUCAAGGCGCCGUCUGCAUCAAAAUGGAGGAGAGCAUCGACAGGAGGAUAGAGACAACCAUCGUAACUCCCCGAGACUUCAGUGGAAAGCCAAAUCCACACUAGCGGAUCAGGAAGCAACCUCGCAACGAAGGAAUAGCCACUCACCCAGGCCCUCUUUAGGACGUAAUUUAGACAGGACGGACUUCCCACCACUCAAUGAAGGCAUAACAAACGCAACUACAGUCGGAGCAACAAACAGCCGAUCAUCUCACCCCCAAUGGAGAACAAAACCAUCAGUUCCAGAUCAUGAAGCAACAGCUCAACGAUCACAAAAGGGCGCCUCCAGACAACAUUCAGAACAGGUCCUGGUCGCGAAUAAUGUCUUGACGCCCCCGAACAUUCCAUCUAGAGAAAAGGUGAUGGAAGAGCUGAGAGAAGUUACUCUACAGUAUCUGAACGUCGACGACCCAACAGAGAGGGCAGCUAGACAACAACGAGUGAUGCAAAGCGAACUGGACGGUACAGUGGAAGAAACCGCAGCGAAUAUUAUCCAAGCUUCAACCAACGCGGCUCUCGCAUCCCCAGCACCUACUAACCACCAGGAUACGGCCCUUUUUUCUCAGACAACAAGUCCCAGUAAUGGGGGUGUAAACCCAAAAUCUGAACCAGCUACAAACCUCGCCGGGAACUUCCAAAGCCCAAGCGCCAAAACCCGCAAGGAAGCAGAGAAGAACUACCGCCUCCACAGCUCCGCCAAUUACACUGAUCCCGCCAGUAGCAAAACCGCAGAUGGAUUUUCAUCUGCGAAAUCGCUAUCUUCCUUAGCAAUGCUAAGCUGGAACUGUCGUGGACUGGGGAACCCCACGACAGUUCAGCGGAUCAAGGAGCUUAAUCAACAAGCUUCCCUUGAUAUAAUCUUCCUCAUGGAAACAAAGAAUCUGGAUGCCUUCGUACUGCAAGAGCUUGACUUCCUUGGGGCAGAGCAUAGACAUUUGGUUCCCCCGGAGAGGCCGAAUAGUGGCGGACUUGCCCUCUUUUGGAAGCAAGACAUAGAUUUACAGAUUCUCUCUUCAUCCAAGAAUGUAAUAGAUACUAUCAUUAAUCAUAAAGGGUCAUCUUUCUUUGCAACCUUUGUCUAUGGAGAUCCUGAAACACAACACCGGUUUAUGGUAUGGGACCUCCUUAUAUCACUCUCCCUAUCACGAAACUCUGCAUGGAUAUUAGCCGGAGAUUUUAACGAGAUCAUAGACAACAGCGAGAAAUCUGGCGGACCGGAGAGAGCAGAAGGCUCGUUUGGAGCCUUUCGGAAUAUGCUUUCCAAUUGCAACCUAUUCGACCUCAAACACACGGGCAUCUCUUUAUCGUGGAGAGGGCGUCGACGAACUCACCUUGUAUUCUGUCGGCUCGACAGGGUCCUAGUUAACCCAGCAUGGUCAGACUGUUUUCCUACGGGCAGAUGCCAUUACCUGAAUUUUGAUACGUCAGACCACAGACCAGUGAUCACGGUCUUUGACUCAGCAAAGCGACGCAAGAACCGGCUAUUCAGGUAUGACCGCAGAUUGAAAGAUAACGCUGAGGUUAGAAAUCUAAUUGCUGAAGUCUGGAAUGCUGAUCCCAACUUAUCCAUGGACGCGAAGCUUUCGCGAUGCCGCAAAGCUAUCGCAACGUGGUCUAGAGAACAGUCUUUCAACAGCAAAGAAGCUAUAAAUCAGUUAAAGCUGAGCCUAGAAACGGCCAUGAUCGACCCCCAGGGAGAUGAUUCCAUCAUCACAUCUCUUAACGCCAAGCUUCACAUUGCAUACAGAGAUGAAGAAGAAUUUUGGCGGCAACGCAGCAGAAUUAUGUGGCUCUCUGCAGGGGAUAAAAAUUUGGGGUUCUUCCAUGCGAUGGCCAAGGGACGCAGAGCACGCAACAGGAUGUCAGUCAUAGAGGAUUCUGAGGGAAAGGCUUUCUUCGAAGAGGAUCAAAUUGCAGACCAGAUUUCUUCUUAUUUCAAUGCCAUGUUCACUUCAGAAAACCAUGGCGGGCCCUCAGACUUGACGAAGGACAUUGUGCACUCAGCAUUCAAACCGAGCCUCUCAGGUGAAGUGAAUCAGAGCCUCGGUACAACUCCAGAGGCUGACGAGAUCAAACAUGCCCUCUUCUUUAUCCAUCCGGACAAGGCUUCGGGACCGGAUGGAUUCUCCGCGAGCUUUUUCCAUUCAAAUUGGAACACAAUCGGACAGUCACUUAUUACGGAGGUGCAGGCUUUCUUCAGGACAGGGGUUAUGCCACCAACAACAAACGUCACCUAUAUUAGACUGAUACCGAAGAUCACAGGUGCGAAGAGUGUAGCUGACUACCGGCCAAUAGCGCUGUGUAACGUCACAUACAAAGUCAUCACCAAGAUUAUUUCACUCCGUAUCAAAGCUACCCUUCAAGGAAUCAUCUGGGAAACGCAAUCAGCCUUUGUACCCGGUCGAGCUAUCUCCGACAAUGUACUCAUUACUCAUGAGAUCCUCCAUACUCUUAAAAACUCCGAGGCUGUGGUGAAUUGCUCUAUGGCGGUCAAGACUGAUAUGAGUAAAGCUUAUGAUCGGUUAGAGUGGAAUUUCAUCGAGACGGUGCUACUAAGAUUCGGGUUUGCGUCUCAUCUGGUCGCCUUAAUCAUGCAAUGCGUUACAUCAGUGACAUACUCCUUCCUAGUUAACGACUCUGUUCAUGGAAGAGUGAUACCGUCAAGAGGCAUUCGACAAGGCGACCCGCUAUCCCCGUAUCUCUUCAUUCUUUGUGGAGAGAUCCUUUCCGGUUUGUGCAAACGAGCUCAAAGAAGCGGUCAUCUAGCCGGUCUCAGAAUUUCUAUACCAGCCCCCCGACUGAAUCAUCUCUUGUUUGCGGAUGAUACCAUGUUCUUCCUCAAUACAGAUGAAGAGAGCUGCUCGGCACUGAUGCAUAUCCUUGAACAGUACAAGAUGGCGUCGGGCCAAUUGAUCAAUGCUACGAAAUCCUCCAUCACCUUCUCAGCCAAGACCCCGCAGAAGCAAAGCGGCUUCUUGGGCUACACGUCGCCUAUCAAGCGCUGGCAAACUGGUUAUGUUGAAGUCUGUACUUACAGCGGUUCCUUCUUUCUCUAUGACGUGCUUCCUCCUUCCUAUGAGCUUAUGCGAUCAAAUCCAAUCCACUCUAACGAGAUUUGGGUGGCUUGGGAGAAGCUUAUCAAGCCUAAAGCUCACGGAGGGUUAGGUAUUAGAGAUAUUCAGGCCUUCAAAAAGGCACUGCUGGCCAAACAAACUUGGCGGAUCAUCACAAAACCCGACUGCCUGCUGUCCCGCAUACUAAGAGGCAAAUACUGUACUAACGCUUCUUUCCUCCAGGUUUCUGAAACAAAGACAAUGUCGCACGGAUGGAGGAGCAUCAUUGCGGGUAGAGAUCUAUUGGUUACCCGACUGGGUAAGGUCAUAGGGAAUGGGGAAGGAACACGGGUCUGGAAGGACCCUUGGCUAAGACUUGAUCACCCUACUGUCCCGUUUGGACCAGUAAAAGAAAGCGACCAAGAUUUGUUUGUAUCUGAUCUCAUCUGCAGAGGAAGUGGAGAAUGGAAUAUCAACCAAAUAACAAGCAUUAUGCCACAUCUUCUUCCUGAGAUCCUCUGUAUCAGACCAAGUAUUACGGGAGCACCUGAUUUUUAUGCGUGGCUAGAUUCAAAGACAGGAGUAUACUCGGUUAAGUCUGGGUACUUCGUAGCAGCCUCUAUGAUCCAGGUUGAGGACAACGAAGCCACUGAAGCUCAACGAAUUACGGAGCAAGCGUUAAACAAAGGCAUCUGGACCUGCAAGACCUCCCCAAAGCUUCAUCUAUUCUUAUGGAAGAUAUUCCAUGGAGCCCUGCCGCUGGGAGAAAAUCUAGCAAAACGGGGAAUGCUUACCAACAUUUCUUGUAGACGCUGUGGUGAACUAGAGACGGCGGAUCACAUCUUCCUCCACUGUGCGUUCACACGUCGAAUCUGGUCAGCAAGUAUCUGGAGAAACGAGUUCAUACUGACAGAUACAUCUACUCUUGCAACAAUUUUUCUGGAGUCAGCGAACUACAUCAACCUUCCGCCAUUAGGAAUCAAAGAAACGAUCUUCCCAUGGAUUUGCUGGGCAAUUUGGACAGCAAGGAACUACCUUAUCUUCGAGAACAGGAAUUUUGAACCUAUUGAUAUUCUCUCCAAAGCCAUUGCUAACGCCCGGGAAUGGAAUGCAGCGCAACUACCAGGCCUUGAUCCUCCUAUCGCACGGAAUCCUCGAUUACCACCGACACUCACGAUCACCACAGAACCGGCCUGCUUCACUGACGCAGCCUGGCACUCAUCCACGAACAGAGUAGGGUGUGGCUGGUAUAUCCUAACACCUGAGAAGACUAUCACUCUACAAGGCACCCGUAUGUUUGAACACAUCUCAUCACCUCUGAUGGCUGAAGCACUCGCCAUCCGGUCAGCCCUCCUCCACGCCCUCGACGCUGGAAUCACUUUAAUCUGCAUCAAGUCAGACUGUCAGGCACUCAUCAAUGCUCUCUCCUCGAAGUAUCACUCGGCGGAUAUCUACGGAAUCAUUCGGGACAUCGAGGCUCUAUCUUAUCGUUUUUCUCGCAUUUCUUUUAGUUUCAUUCCGCGAUCACAAAACUCUAUGGCUGAUACUUUAGCCAAAUCUGCUAUGUACUCUGCUUUCUCCAACUAG